GAUUUCGCUUCGUUCUCCAUUUUUUUCUCACUUGUGAUUUCCAUUCAACCAACAACAACACAUUCAUUAAUUACUGCUUUAGCACUUGUCACAGUGUGCAUGUCACUUUUGUUCAUUUUCACCAAAAACACCCUUUGCAAACAUUCUAAUUAAGCCCUCGCCAUCACCUAAUUCAUUCUCAUACAUUUGUAAAUAAAUCUAUGACUCACUUGAUUUGAAGUUAGGAUAUCUGCUCCAAAUUUGGAUAGUCACACCGAAUUCUACAACAUUUAUCAUUAUCAAUGGGUCACUGAUAUGUGUGCUGCCAGGAAUACCAACUUCUUAUAGAACCUGCUGACAGGUGUUUCCAUUUUAAAUCAUAAACAAGAAAGAAGCUAUAUAUGGAUUUCUGGGAGCUCUUUGUUACUGCAUUGAUGCCUAUUCUUAAGGUGCUCUUGGUUACGGCUGUUGGGGCAUUUCUUGCAUUGGAUCGCUUUGAAGUACUAGGGGAGAAAGAAAGGAGGCACUUGAAUACAAUUGUAUAUUUUGUCUUCAGUCCAGCUCUUGUUUGCAGCAACUUGGCCAAAAGCAUAACAUUUAAAAGCAUGCUUUCACUGUGGUUCAUGCCGUUAAAUAUUCUUCUCACAUUUGUCAUUGGGACAGCACUUGGAUGGUUGCUGGUAAAAAUAACUAGAGCUCCUCAUGAUAUGCAAGGCCUUGUGUUGGGGUGCUGCUCUGCAGGGAAUCUGGGGAGUUUGGUUUUCAUUAUAGUUCUUGCUGUCUGUAAAGAAAGAAACAGUCCUUUUGGAGCUGGUGAUGUUUGUUACAAGAAUGGCCUAGCAUAUGCUUCUCUCUCAAUGGCAAUAGGAGCCAUUUUCUUAUGGUCAUAUGUGUACAACAUCGUCCGAGUAUACUCAUGCAGUUAUGAUGUAGUGGAAGUCAAUAACAAUUGUACUGUAGGAUAUCCUGUUUCUCAACCAGAAAUGAAACCUGAAAACCCUUCAAAAUGUUCCCAAGGAACCUUAGUCACAGCUGUGGGUAGCUCCAAGACCAAUGCUAAUGUGAAUCAACUUGAAAUUGAGUGCACAGUGCCUGAAGGGGAAGCAAAGAGUUUUACAGGUGAAAAUUGGGCAGAGAAGAUUAUGAAACGAAUAAAAGCAUCGUCAGAAAAGGUCCAACUGAAGGCAUUCUUAGCACCAUCAACCAUCGGAUCGGUUGUUGGUUUAAUUAUUGGAACUGUCCCUGAACUCCGAAGGGCACUAAUUGGUGAUAAUGCUCCUCUUCGCGUUGUGCAAGACUCUGCAUCCAUGCUCGGUGAUGCAGCAAUUCCAUCUAUCACCUUGAUUGUUGGGGCAAAUCUUCUUAAUGGUUUGAAGAAGUCAAGCAUGCCGCUUAGACUCAUUGUUGGGAUCCUUGUGGUCAGAUAUGUAGCAUUGCCAAUGUUAGGUGUUGUGAUUGUUAAAGCUUCAGUGCAUUUUGGCUUUGUCCACCAUGAUCCGUUAUAUCAGUUUGUGUUACUUCUUCAAUUUGCACUCCCACCUGCAAUAAACAUAGGUACAAUUACUCAAUUAUUUGGAGUUGGUAAGAGUGAAUGCUCAGUCAUUCUGCUUGCAACUUAUGGCUGCGCCUCAGUUUCGCUCACUCUAUGGUGCUCAUUCUUCAUGUGGCUAGUACUAUAGUUGUCUUGCUAUCCUUUUGUGAUGUCUCAAAUCUAUCUUGUUAGAGCAACUUAUGGCUGCACCUUAGUUAGAAAAAAAAAAUAUAGGACAGAGAGAAGGUAUGUAGAUUCCAAGGAUUUGCUAUAUGUACAAGUAGAGAAAAGCAUUUAUGCUCUGUAUCAACAUAAAAGUGAAAAUGAGAGGUUAAAAUGGGAGAAAAGAAUAUAAGUGAAAAA